GUGGGGUGUGUGGGCUGCAGGGUGGUGUCGAUCAGCACACUUUCUGUCCUGACGUUGGCCAGCAUAGUGAGAGCCUGACCACAUCCUCCAAAAUAGCAAAAGAAAGGCUUAUGAGACGGUUCAGCUGGUACAGGCACUUGCCAAAAGACCUGACAACCCGAGUUCCACUCCAGAACACACAAAUAAAAUACAAGAAUGGAGGGGAAAAGGCAAAUCAAAAACUAUUUAAUAAUAAAUAUAUUUACUGUAACUCCAGCUCCAGGGAACCUGAGACCUGUGGCCUCUGGGCAGCUGCACUCCCACGCACACACCUAAUCCACAUCAUAAAAGCCUAAACUUUCUUUUAGGCGAUAAGGCAAAGACUCAUUGUAAAAGUGCUUGUUGCCCAAGUAUGCAGACCUAGAUUCAAAUCCUCAGUACCCAUCUAAAAUGCCAGGGGUGGGGUGCAUGAGCCUAUGAUUCCAGUGCUAGGAGUAGAGACAGGCAGAUCUAUCCGGAGCUCCCGGCCAGCCAGCCUAGCCAAAACGGGGGAAAAAAAAGAUGGGGAAGCAAUAACCUGAGCUGGCCUCUGUGUAUGCACACAACCACAAAGGUAUUUUUUAAAAAUACAAUUACUAAAAACAAACAAAAAACAACCUGUUUUUUUACAAUAGAUUUGGGAAAGUUAAUGAGCCCAGACAGCGCCCCUAGAGAGAGGACUCAAACCGGGUGUCAACACCCCGCAGGCCCCGCCCACCCAUUUGGCCCCGCCCCGGCGGCCGGGCGCCCUGGACAGCGGAUCCAUAGGCAGUUCCUGCACGGCUGCGUUCCCGGCAGCAGAGCUGGGCGCGGAUCCGCGGCUCGGGGACAGGUGACACUGCGCGGGACGACCCGAGUGGCCGACAGGCGGGAGGAGACGCUGGUGUCUGGAAGCCGGGAGCCCCACGCUCACCCUCCGCAGUGUCAGCCGGGGCCGGCCGGGCUCCGCACGAGGCCCCGGAAGAUCGUGUUUGAGGACGAGCUACGUCCCCAGGCCCCAUUGCACGAAGAAAAGCCUCCCAAAGCCCCGGGACCCAGUCCCAACCCAGUGCCUGACUAUGAGCUUAAGUACCCGCCGGUGAGCAGCAGGAGGGAUCGGAGCCGCUAUGCCGCUGUGUUCGAGGACCAGCUCGGAGAGUUCUCGCAGCUCCAGCGCGAGGUGGGGGCCGCGCAGGCCAAGCUCCGGCAGCUGGAGGCCCUGCUGACGUCACUGCCCCCACCGCGAAGCCAGGAGGCUCACGUGGCAGCUCGUGUCUGGAGAGAGUUUGAGAAGAAGCGGGCGGAUCCUGGCUUCCUGGAUAAGCAGGCUCGCUGUCACUACCUGAAGGGUAAACUGAGGCACCUCAAGUCCCAGAUCCGAAAAUUCGAUGACCAAGAGGACAGCGACCGUGAGGACUCUGUGUACUUCUGAGUGUCCUGGAGAUGGCAGUGGCUUCUCGUCCACUGAGAAGCCACACUCCAGUUCUCCCAGGGGAAGCAAGUCCUAUUGAGAAUCCCAGAGAAUAAACAUGGAUUAGACCCCUUC